GUCAAAAUCAAAACUCCAUUUUGAUUUGUCGUGUAGAAUGUGGAUUUGUUAUUUGUACAUUUUUUAAAUGUUUUUUGCAUGAUUAAUAUAGUUUUCUUUACUAAAGAAAGAUAAUAGUAAUUGAAAAAACCACUACGUAAACCUUAUAAAAGUUAAGUUUUGAUUAGGUAUUAGUGAUGAGUUCACGCCACAGAAGUCGUUCCAAAUCUAGGGAUAGGGAUAGGCACAAGGAAAGAGAUAAGGGCCGAGACCGUGAGCGUGACAGGGACCGGGAUAAGGAGAGAGAUAGGGACAGGGACCGGGAUCGAGAUCGUGAUCGUGAACGAGAUAGAGACCGUGAUCGUGAUCGCAGCCAUCGUGAUCGGGAACGUGACCGUGACCGCGACAGAGACCGCGAUAGGGAUAGGGAUAGGGAUCGAGACCGGGAUCGUGACCGCGACCGUGACCGACAUCGUACCAAACGGCGUAGCAGCAAAGAACGAGAAAGAAGUAGAAGCCGUCACAGAGAGAAAAAGCGCAGUAGGUCUCGUUCUCGCUCACGUAGUCGGGGAAGGAAAUCGAAAGACAGGGAUGGCACAAUUGCACUUUUAGAUCAAAUGGUGGGCACAACAACAAAAGCAACGGCCCGCCAGGUUACCACCAAUGGCAACAUUAACCCUGCGACACAAGCAGCUUUACUUGCUGCCGCUGCUGUAGCACAGACGUUCGUGGCGCAGCGUCGCAUCGCGGCGCCGGUGCAGCCGGCGGCGGCGGCGGCGGCCGCGCUGUCCGCCGCCACGGCGAUCCCGCCGCCCACCUCCGUGCAGCAGAAGCUGGAGCUGCUGCAGGCGCGCACCGAGUCGCGCUACCGCGACAAGAUGCUGCUCGACCACCACCCCGACGACGAUAAGGAGGAUGGCCUGGAAGCGGAGCACUCGUGUUUACAUAUCGAGUGCGACAUGUGCGCAGGUCCGGAGGGCGAGACGCCGGCGGAGCGGCGCGCGCGGCGCCGGCGCACGCGCUGGAUGGGCUCCGAGCACGACAAGACCUUCAUCCCGGGCCUGCCCACCGUGCUGCCCUCCACGCUCACCAAGGAGCAGGAGGAGCAGUACUUGUGUCGCCGUCGCCGGAGCCGAUCUACUCGACGGACGGCAAGCGGCUGAACACGCGCGAGUACCGCACGCGCCGCAAGCUGGAGGAGGAGCGCCACCGCCUCGUGCAGCGCAUGCAGCAGAUCAACCCCGAGUUCAAGCCGCCGCCCGACUACAAGCCGCCAAUAAUCCGCGUGCACGACAAAGUGAUGAUCCCGCAGGAGGAGCACCCCGACAUCAACUUUGUGGGGCUGCUCAUCGGGCCCCGGGGGAACACACUUAAAG